AUGGGUUCCCCAGACUACGCACCGCUCCCCCGAGAAUCCUCAGAUUCCGAGCGAUACAUCUACUCCACCCCUGACGAAUACCGAACCUCUCUAGGAGAUACCCUUCGUACCCCCAAAAGCCGUUCCAUUACCAUCAACUACGUACUUAUCCUCCGGCUCAUAAAUCUUUCACUUGCCAUCCCCUCUUUCAUCAUCUUCGUGCGAGAUGGCUUUGAACAAUACAUCGCCGCCGAUAUCUUCCUCAUGUUAAUCAUGAUCUUCAACACCGUUCGAAUACUGCAUCUAUUCGUCUCAUCCGUUUUCCAAGUUACGGUGGAAGUGAGUCGUGGUGCGUGGCAGAGUAAGUUGUCCGUACAGCCAAAUGGGGCUCGAGCUACCAAUGUUAUGGAUUGCAUCUUGGCCAGUGGGUUGGGAUUUGCGAUGAUUGGGGGGCUGGUAAACUAUUGGAGGAACUCUCAAUUGGUGGCUGGGAUUGUGCUUGCUUUUUUCACCAUGGCCAUUCAAUACAUCAUAGCUCUCCCGAUCAAAAACCAAACUUUCAUGCUCAAAUUUCACUACUACAAUAAGAGCGAAGGGAAUGGAGAGAGCGGAGAGGGGCUUCAACCCCACAAUGAUGAGGUUAUUCGAGCUAUCCCUAGAGACGAACCAUACAGACAAACCCCCGAGGAUCUCGUGUGA